AACCGCCUCCUCCUUCUCCCAGCAACGGCUGAGCCCCAACAGGCGGCCUCGCAACCUCCGUGCUCCUCCAGGCCGGGAAGGCGCGCGGUGGACGCCCGGCCUGCCCCUAUCUCAGCUCGCUGAGACCCUGCUGGUUGUGAUUCCCGCUUUUGCGAAAAGGCCAUCGCUUUGCCAGGCUGGGAGCAGCCUAUCAUGGAGCGGCUGACAUUACAGCCGGGAGCCGCCGCGGCCAUAGACGAGUACUUAGAAUACAGAAGAAUCGUAGGUGAAGAUGAUGGAGGGAAACUCUUCACCCCUGAAGAAUAUGAAGAAUAUAAGAAUAAGGUGUUACCAAUACGUUUGCAAAACAGAUUAUAUGUGAGCUGGAGAUCACCGACUGGGAUGGACUGUAAACUUGUGGGCCCAGAAACUCCAUGUUUUUGUACUCAUAGGUAUAAACAACAUAAGACAGACUUUGAAGUGAUUCCAAAAGAACGUCCUAUUUAUGUACCUUGUAGGGUGAGCCGAUGCCCAUGCAGAUCUUAUCACUUUGUGCCUCUUAAUGGUACUCAACCCAUUCGUUGUAGAUGUAAACAUUUUGCUGAACAACAUAGUGCAGCCCCUGAUUUUUCAUGCAACUCAUGUUCCAAAUGUUCAGGUUUUCACAGUGGCUUUACUUGUGGAUGUGGGCAGCCAGCAUAUACUCACGAAACAGUGGUGGAAACUAAAGAGGAGCGGUUAGCCCAAGGAAAACCUGUGGGGAAAGAUGUCCCUUUUGCUGCAAUGGGAGGACUAACUGGCUUUAGUUCGUUAGCAGAAGGCUACAUGAGACUUGAUGACAGUGGGAUAGGGUCACCUUCAGCUCAGUUGUUAGAAUCUCCCGUUACCAACACAGACCACCCUUUUUUAAGAGCACUUCAAGGACCUUCUAGUUCCAUGCAAACAAACUUCCAAAUAACAGAUGGAGGUGCUAGUUCAGCAAUGCAAGCUUCCAGUUUAAAGAGACCCGAAGAAGAUGACAUGGCUUAUUUUGAAAGGCAAUAUCAGGAACGGCUGAAAAAAGAGAAGGCUGCAAAGAGGGGGAAAAAUGCAGUGCAAUCAAAGAACCCAUGGCAAUAAGUACAACAAGGAAUUCAUCAUGUUGUUUAAUCAACAUUUCAUAUGUUUGUCUUAAUGGUUACAGUAUGUUUGUAUUUCUGUAAUGAUUCUGCUGAAUUGAAUGCAAAUAAAAUGAAAUGCGUAGUA